UUAUGUUUAGCUUUUAACAAUUUUAAAAAAUACUGUAUAAUUUGUCUUAAAAAAAUGAAAAAAAAAAAACUGUAGAAUUUCACUUUCCAAUUUGUAAUCCCAAAACAAAUGCACAAUUCUAUUGCACGUAGCUAUCCAGAUUUCUUAAACCCCCUCUUCAGUCUCAUCUUUUACUGCAAACUUCUAUAUCUGUAAUUAUUAGUUUGCAAAGCAGGAAAAUUUCUUUCUUCCUUUUCUUCAAAACUCCCAUAAAUGGGCGAAAAAUCUGCUUACUAAAUAGUGCGAAUUUUGAGUAUAAAUGUCGUUGAAACUCACACCCUUCAAUAAGCCAUACGUUGUAAUACCAUCAAUUUCCAGAAAUUCCAGCAAUAAUUUAUGUUCAAAUAUGCUUAGUUUGAGAUACCCUCCUCAAAUAAUUACCCCUAAUUUAGAAUCCAUUCGUCUUUCCAGAAAUUGCAGCUCAAGAUAUGUGGUUGUUUGUGGGUUAAAAGGUCCAAGACCCAGGUACCCUCGGGUAUGGAAGACCCAGAAGAAAAUUGGGACAAUAUCCAAGUCUGCUAAGCUUGUUGAUUGUAUUAAGGGUUUGUCAAAUGUUAAAGAGGAAGUAUAUGGCGCUCUUGAUGCGUUCAUUGCGUGGGACUUGGAAUUUCCUCUCAUCACAGUAAAGAAAGCAUUGAAGACCUUAGAGUAUGAAAAGGAAUGGAAGAGAAUAAUUCAGGUGACAAAAUGGAUGUUAAGCAAAGGUCAAGGAAGGACAAUGGGAAGCUAUUUCACAUUAAUGAAUGCAUUAGGGGAGGAGGAUAGACUUGACGAGGUUGAAGAGCUCUGGACAAAACUAUUUUCAGAGAAUCUGGAAAGCACACCUCGCAUGUUCUUUGACAAGAUGAUUAGCAUAUACUACAGCAGAGAGAUGUAUGACAAAAUGUUUGAUGUUUUUGCUGAUAUGGAAGAAUUGGGUCUUCGGCCAAACACUUCAAUUGUUUCAAAGAUUGGAGCUGUUUUUCAGAAGCUUGGGAAGAUGGACAAAUACAAAAAGUUGAACCAAAAAUAUCCACCGCCUAAGUGGGAAUAUCGGUACGUCAAGGGCAAGCGUGUCAAAGUCCGAACUAAGCUACCUGAUGAAUCCUCUGAUGAAAAUGUUGUUAUGGAGUUGAAUGAGCAAGCAGAGUCUUCUGAUACUGGUAUAGUUGCUAGUGAUAGUGACAAGGAACAUGACGAGCAACCAGAUGAGACUGCAGGAUGAUGAGGAUGAUGUUCUACCAAAGCUAGGGAGUAAAUGUAGUUAGCUGAUGUCUGUAAUAUAGCACAGAUAGCAUGUUAUACUAUGCAAUAUGGUUAAGCUACUUAUGAACGAGUAAUAGGAUAUGUAGCCUCAUAGUGUAAAAAUAACUUAACUUUCAGAAAUGAAUGCAGUUCCUUGUGAGUAAACUCGUAUUCCUCUUUCCUG